UGGCUUCGCUUUGUACCCAAACAAAGACCAUUCAGACGACCGCCAUAUCAAAGAAUGAGCGAAAGCAGGCCCACUUGAACACACAACGGCACUUCCAUUCUCUUCUUCCUCCUUGUCGACGCAUCGCUUUAUUCUCAUUUAACCGUUGAACUCAGAGGAACCAACAUGACGACUGUGGAGAAAAUCAAGGAGAUCGAGGCCGAAAUGGCCCGCACUCAGAAGAACAAGGCCACCUCUCAACAUCUGGGUCAGCUUAAAGCCAAGUUGGCCAAGCUGAGGCGUGAGCUCUUGACGCCGACCUCUUCUGGCGGCGGCGGUCCUGGUUUGGGAUUCGAUGUCGCGAAGACAGGAGUAGGACGCAUUGGGUUCGUGGGAUUCCCAUCAGUCGGCAAGUCGACAUUAAUGUCCAAGUUGACUGGAACACACUCUGAGGUCGCCGCCUACGAGUUCACAACGCUGACAACAGUGCCCGGUGUCGUCCAGUAUAACGGAGCUAAGUUGCAGAUUCUGGAUCUUCCAGGAAUUAUCGAGGGAGCCAAGGACGGAAAGGGUCGUGGUCGUCAGGUUAUUGCUGUCGCCCGUACAUGUUCACUCAUUUUCUUGGUGCUGGACGUGCUCAAACCCCUGGGCGACAAGCGCAUUAUCGAAAAGGAAUUGGAGGGCUUCGGUAUCCGACUAAACCAGAAGCCACCCAACAUCUACUUCAAGAAGAAGGAGAAGGGUGGUAUCAGCAUGACGAACACGGUUCCGCUGACGCAUCUGGAUUUGGACGAGGUCAAGGCAGUGUUGAGCGAAUACAAGAUUCACAACGCCGACAUUUCGUUCAAGUGCGAUGCGACAGUCGACGAACUUAUUGAUGUGAUCGAGGGUAACCGAGUGUACGUUCCCUGUCUGUAUGUACUGAACAAGAUCGAUCAGAUCUCGAUCGAGGAGCUGGAUCUGGUCAGUAAGAUCCCGCACGCCGUCCCGAUCUGUGCGCAUCAUGAAUGGAACUUUGACGAGUUGUUGGCCAAGGCAUGGGAGUACCUGGAUCUGGCCCGUAUUUACACAAAGCCCAAGGGACAACUGCCAGACUAUUCGCAGCCGGUUGUCUUGCGGCGCGAGACGGCAUCGAUCGAGACGUUCUGUAACACCAUUCACAAGGCCAUUCUGCGCGAGUUUAAAUAUGCUCUGGUCUGGGGAUCAUCAGCGAAGCAUAACCCACAAAAGGUCGGCAAGGAGCAUAUCCUGGCCGAUGAGGAUGUCGUCCAGAUCAUCAAGAAGGUCUAAAAAUAUGUAGAUAAUCAGGAUGCGAAGUUCGAUUCUAGACGAGCUAUGUCCCUAGGAGGAGGAAGAGGAGGAGGAGGAGAGGAAGAAAAGAGGAGUAGAAGGAAGCGAUAAUAUAAGUCGGCAGUUGUUUAUCAUUCAAUA